AUGGAACAACACUUCUGUGCGAUUAGUACUGUACUUUCUAGUUGUCUCAUACUGUUGUAUGUUUCAUAUGGCUGGGAGACACGUUGGGUGAAACCCAAUUGGAAAAGGAGCGAAGGGAAAGCCGGUACAUUCAAGCACACGGAAGGGAAAUAUUCUGGGGACCCUGAUGACAAAGGCAUUCAAACAACGAUAGAUGAUAGGCAUUUUGCUAUCUCAGCCAAGAUACCGGAGUUCAGUAACAAAGGCCGAACAUUGGUGGUCCAGUACUCCAUAAAGUUUGAGCAGGAAAAUGAGUGUGGCGGCGGCUAUAUUAAGCUAAUGUCUGGUUAUGUCAACCAGAAGAAAUAUAGCGGAGACACUCCAUACAGUUUACUUGUUGAUAACCGUGAAAGAGAAUCUGGGAGCAUGUACACUGAUUGGGACAUCUUACCUCCUCGUAAAAUCAAGGAUGUUGGUGCCAAAAAGCCUAAGGAUUGGGAUGACAGAGAGUAUAUUGAGGAUCCUGAUGCGGUUAAACCUGAGGGCUAUGAUUCUAUUCCAAGAGAGAUUCUUGACCCAAAGGAUAAGAACCCCGACACGUGGGACAACGAUGAUGAUGGCAUAUGGAAACCUAGAAGGAUACUGAAUCCAGCAUACAAAGGACAAUGGAAGCGCAAGGUUUGUCUUGUUAUUUGUCCAUCAGUCUUUCGUGCUACUUUAUUUCUUUGCUUAGAAGCUAGGUUUUCCCGCCACGCCGCUGCAAAACAUGUAAGUAGAGAUCAUUUGACCCAUUUGAAGAUCAAAUUUAUAAUUAGAGACCAUUCUUGAAGAUCUUCAUGAUUUAGAGUGUUAAAUUUGACAUGUUGAUAA